CCAAGGAGGGAGCCAUGGGGCCUCUUUGCUUGGCGUUUGUGGCCGGUGCUGCCGCUGUGUCGAGGGUGGGAACUGAUAACAACACCUUACAAAGCUUGGCCAUAGUACCACAUUUUGUUCUCCUGUUUUAGGCUACUAGCCCUCGAGGGGGGUUGGGGCCCGGGUCCGGUCCGGGGGAGAUGGCGCAGCCCAUCCUGGGCCAUGGGAGCCUGCAGCCCGCCUCGGCCACUGGCCUGGCGUCCCUGGAGCUCGACUCGUCGCUGGACCAGUACGUGCAAAUUCGCAUCUUCAAAAUCAUCGUGAUUGGGGACUCCAACGUGGGCAAGACCUGCCUGACCUUCCGUUUCUGCGGGGGGACCUUCCCGGACAAGACUGAGGCCACCAUUGGCGUGGACUUCAGGGAGAAGACAGUGGAAAUCGAGGGCGAGAAGAUCAAGGUUCAGGUGUGGGACACAGCAGGUCAGGAACGCUUCCGCAAAAGCAUGGUCGAGCAUUACUACCGCAAUGUGCAUGCAGUGGUCUUCGUCUAUGACGUCACCAAGAUGACAUCCUUCACCAACCUCAAGAUGUGGAUCCAAGAAUGCAAUGGGCAUGCUGUGCCCCCACUAGUCCCCAAAGUGCUUGUGGGCAACAAGUGUGACUUGAGGGAACAGAUCCAGGUGCCCUCCAACUUAGCCCUGAAAUUUGCCGAUGCCCACAACAUGCUCUUGUUUGAGACUUCGGCCAAGGACCCCAAAGAGAGCCAGAAUGUGGAGUCAAUUUUCAUGUGCCUGGCUUGCCGAUUAAAGGCUCAGAAAUCCCUGCUCUAUCGUGAUGCUGAGAGGCAGCAGGGGAAGGUGCAGAAACUGGAGUUCCCACAGGAAGCUAACAGUAAGACUUCCUGUCCCUGUUGAAACCAAAUGGUGUAAAUACAAGAUCCACUAUUACUGGAGUUUUUUCUUUCCCUUUUUUUCCGUGCCCGCCUAACGCUGACACCUGCUU